GAUUAUCUGUUUCUCCCGUAUAAAAGUCUCAGACCAGAUUACAAGACCAUCUGCUGCAGUAGUGCCAAAACCACAGCAAGUGAAGCGGUGACCACCAACUACUGGUGCGAGGGGACCAGGAAGGUGCCCAAACCUUUCUGCACAGGACCGCCAGUGAAGGUAAAGCAGUGGUUCUGCAUCCGUUUCAACAGCUCCAACAUCAACGACAGCCGCUUGGUGCAGUACAUCUUUGAGACCGGAGAGGAGAAGUUUCUUUUGAGGAAGUUCCACGCGGGAAUAUUUUUCUCCUGUGAGCAGGCCGCCGACAUGAACGGGUUCAACUGUCGAGACUUCUCAGAGAUCGCACCAGAACACGAGAGAGGGGUCCUGUGGUUGUGUAUAGUGGCUGAGAGUCUGUACCUCACCCUGCUCUUCACAGGCGGGGCUCUGAUGACCCUGGAGCAAUGUCCCAGCUUUAGUAUCAUGAACAAACUGAAGCUUAGUGCCUUCGCCGCCAUGUGCACCGCCCUGUCAGGCCUUUGUGGGAUGGUGGCCCACAUGAUGUUUACCACCAUAUUCCAGCUGGCUGUCGCUAUGGGGCCAGAAGACUGGAGACCCAAGACCUGGGACUACAGCUGGUCUUAUGUCUUAGCAUGGGGCUCUUUUGGCACCUGCAUGGGCUCUGCAGUGACGGCGCUCAACAGAUACACAAAGACGAUCAUCGAGUUUAAAUACAAGCGGCGAAACAUCGAGAAGAGCCUGAUGAUCAAGCAGAUGGUGAUCGAGCUGGACCUCCCAGAGCAGAUGUGGGACAUGUACCUGACCGCUGUGCCCGCUGAUGUUGAGGCACAGCUGGACCUGCCGGUCAACGGCCACGAACCGUCCACGGGGACGACGUAUGUGCUCGAGAUGGACAGUGGAUCGGAACAACAGGGAGAGGAGUACUGCUGAAAAUAGAUCCCUGCCUUGCAUUACCCACUGAGGCUGAUUGUCUUACAGAUUCUUCAUGUUUGUUCAACUUUGGACAUAUUUUCUGAAUUUACCUUUAUUUAAAUUGCAGGCCCAAAGGGUUAAAGGACUGAAAGUCCUAUUGCAAAUGGACACAAAACUAAUAUGAUGACCAAAAUGACCACAAAGAGACACAAAUUGACCAUAAAGAGACACAAAAUGACUACAAAGAGACACAAAAUGACCAU